AUUAUUUUGUCAAAAAAUUGCUCGUCUUCCAUCAUAAAAUCUGUCAUUCCAUUUUCAGCCAGCAGCAGUUCUAUACGUUUGUCGUUUUGUCCAUUUUAAAUAUGUUUCCGCAUACAAUCGAAAUAAAUGGUGAUUACAGGGAAAUCAGGUGUCUUCAAACAGAUCCUGUAAACCACGAACACAUGAUCAGUGUAGGCGCCGCUAUAAUAGAGCUACCCGACGAACCUCAAGACAUAUCUAUUGACGACCCAGAGGACUCAUUUUUUAAUUCAGCGAGGGAAUAUCCAGACGAUUUCAUUGGCGGCACAUUAGAUCCACUUUCCGGUAGUUAUAAAUAUAACAAGGAAGAAGAUUCUGAGCAUCCACUCGAUUGUAUUUCCAUAGACUCCGCAUUUACGGAGGAUUCUAAAGCCCCUGAGGACAAACGGACCAAGAAACGUUCGUUCAAUAAACGCAUCUUGUUGACGGUGGAGCGCAUCGACGCGAAAGUUAAUGAAUUUCGUAUGGAGCUGGGCAAUCAGUUGAAAUCUCUUCUUGACGAGAAUUCGCGUAGAAGAGGUUGGCAAAAUCGUGUGAAUAUGGUGCUGUCGAUGCUUGCCACUGAAAUGGCCAAUUAAGGCCAAUACAUACAGACACAUGCUGCUCAAUAGUUAUUUUCAAUUGACCACAAACAAGUGAACUGCACAUAUACAUACAUACAUUUGUAUUUUUUUAUUAUUAAUUAUUCUUUAAUUAUGAUUUUUUAAUUUUAUUACCUUUUCUAUAGUAUUUUCCAAAAUUUGAUUUUAUUGCUCUUCUUGUAUGUAUUUAUUAUUUUUAUUUAUUUCGUUUGUAUUUUAUUUGCUCAUACAUAAUUCUUGUAAUUGUUUAUAUAUUGUAGUAUUUGUGUAAUUCACUUGAUCGACAUAACCAUCCAAUAUUUUAGCUCUUCACAUAGUAUAUAUGUACCUAUGUAUAUAUAUACAUAGUAAACAAAAUGCACACUUCUAAUAAACCUAAAUGGACAUAGCAACAAAU